CGUUGUGUUGUCAUUGUGCGCUCAGUCGGUCGGGACUCGAGCAGGAGCGCGUGAGAGAGGAACUCCUCCUCGGACUCUCUCCUCAGAACCACACGAGGUGACGGGUGUCGGUGGGAUCCGCUGCCGAACUGCGUGUGAGUGUGGCCCGACUCGGGACAUCGAUAAAGUCAUGGCCAUCAUCAUCGCCACCACCGUCAUCUUCAUCGGCGCGCAGGGUCCAGAGGCCCCGGGGGCCCGGAGCUUUGGAUCAGCACCACUCCGGAUGAACUGAAAGUGCAUAGAGAGAGGGGGAGAAAAAGAGCCAGAGCUGCUGUGUGACCGACGUGGGGGAGAAGCGGAAAAAGAAAAGAAGUGCGUGUGCGUGUGUGUGCGUGUGCGGGCGCGCGCGCGCGCGUGUUUUCCUAAGUGGAGUCCGGCCGUGGGAGCAGAGUGGGGGAUGUCGGCCAGAGGUGGAGCUGCGCCUCGGGGGUGCAGCCCCAGCCUGCAGCCCCUCAGAGCCACGGUCCCGUACCAGCUCCAGAGAGGCUCCUCGGCCCUGCUGGGCAGAGAGGUCAAGACGGCUGACAGGAGCGCGUUCCGUCCCCCGAAGCCCACCAUCCGCAGGGCUCUGUCUCUGGACGCCAUCGUGGGACCCUACCUGCAGGGACAGUGGCCCAAAGAGGUGGAGGGCGCGGCCGUUACCUGCGUCAACGACAAAGCCACACAGACUCCAAGCUCCUGGGCGGAGGAGACCCAGGGCAGGAGAGGUGUCGGCGGACACAAGCGCUCGGCGUCCUGGGGCAGCGCAGAGCACCUGAGAGAGGUGGCCAAGCUGAGGCACCAGUUGCAGAAGCGCUCCCGCCAUGUGCCUCCCUCGGCAGCAGCGGGGGGGCACGAGCUCCCCCACCAGCCCCUGCCAGCGGGUCAUGCGGAGGGCAUCACUCAGACGCCGCCCCUGAUGCCGCUGAACCGACUCGCGCAGCGGCUGCGACGUAGCGUCGAGGGCCUGAACCUGGAGCUGGAGGAGGCGUUUGUGUCUGAGCAACCCGGCGAUCAGCAUGAGAUUCUGGAUAUCCCGGACGGCCACAGGGCUCCUGUCCCGGCCCGGAGGUGCAGCAGCGGCUCUCAGAGCGAGCCCUCCCCGGGGCCCCUGGAUCCUUCCCUCCUCUCCCCCUGUCCGUCCCCCUGUCCCCUCGAUCCAUCCCUCCUGUCGCCUCCGAAUUCCCCUCAGGCCUCGAACCCGCUCCUUCUGUCCCCGUCACGGUCUCCCUGUCCCAUGGGAGAGCCAGAGCCGGUGGACUGCGAGCCCCGGUGUCCCUCUCCGUCCGCGCUGCUUCCUUCGUUUGCACUGGAGCCUCCUCUGCUGCAGCCCUGCUCCUCUUCCCCUCGGCCCAACAAAACCUACUCCUUCCAGCGUGAACCGCCCGAGGGCUGCGAGCGAAUUCGAGUGUGCGAGGAGACAAUGUUCUCUUGUCAAGAGGAGCCGCUCCUGCACCCUUCAUGCCCCGACCCCAACAAGGUGAACUUCACCCCCCACGGAGGCUCCGCUUUCUGCCCCGUCAGUCUCCUGAAGCCCCUCCUGCCCUCCAUGGACCUCCUCUUCCGGGGCCUGUCGGUGUCUCCCGUCACCGGCUGCCCGGGUCAAGCCUCCCACCAGGCACCUACAGUAGGAUAUGGGGGGUGGAUAUAUCUGAGCAAGAUCCACCUUCAUGACGGAAAAACCACAUCGCGGGACCUGGAGAACCUGGAGAACCUGGAUGUGUGUGUUUCACACGCCAACGGAUACGUGUGCUCACCCGGCUCCUCACUGCUGUAACUUGACAAGACGUUUUGAAGCUGUAAAACAUUUGUUGCCAAAUUUUUUGGCCUAAGAAUCUGUCUGCUUUACUGAUUAACUCCAACAGCAGGAUGAUAUUUACGUGGCCGGCACUUGAAUUGACCGAGUUGUCUCCUGUGUGGGCUUUGGAUUUAGACUGCAGCUCUGGAAAUGUUGGCAAAUGCUGGAAAAAAAUUAUAACGGAAAACUGAAAUUUCGACAUUGUGGCUUUUUUAUUUCAUUUUUUUUUGUUAUGUCCUAACAGCUCAGACAAAGAUUACAAUGCUGCUGGAAUGUUUUUUCUGUUAUUUUUUCAUCAAGUCAAGUGAAUUCAGGGUCAAAGCACUUAGCUCACAUGUUGACAUGAGUAUUAUUUCUUACUCUCCUUUACUAUUGAUUACUAUGACGGGAGUUUUAGGGCCACGUUGAGGAUACUAUGUCGUAGAUUACUACCCCAGUAAGGUGCGGUCAAGUUAAGAUGAAGUGUCAUUUAAAAGGCCGUUGAAAAACAGAGUACUUGAUGGGUUUUUACGCCUGAAAUCAUCAUACUUUUUGGCCUUACAGUUCACAGUGGCCUACUUUUAUACAAGUAUAUUUCUAUAUAUUUUUGUAUCUUUGUAAUGAAGUUAUUAGGCUGGUGACGCUGUUUUUGUAUUCACGAAAGAGACUGACUUGUAUUGCUGUGUGUAUGUCGAUGGAUCGUGGAUAUUUGAUUAGCUUUUCUUGCCAAAAUGUAGUGACCUUUUCCGAUUCUGAGCGGGUCACUCGAGUUUUUGUAUGGUCCCGACUCUGGCUCGUCAAUUGAGCUUCAACUUGAUGUGGAGAAGAAGUUGUUGAAAUUGAUUGAAAUGCUGUACGUGUCCUAUGCAGCAGUCACAACAAAAGCACGACCUACUGUAAAAGAAAAAAUAUCAUAGAAUAAUCAAGAUGCUAAUGAAUUAUUAGUGUUAUUCGCCUUUUUCUUGCCCAUUUUUAAAGGAGGAAUGUUUUGUGUGAUGUUGCUUUUGUAAAGAAAAUUAAAAAGAAAUAUCAAAUA